GGCAGCGCCUCUUGAACGGAGUCGUUGGAAAGCGAAAAGGUCAGAGGCGGCAGUAAGGUGGUGCUUUGGUCAGUCAUGGCGUCUCUGAGCUGGUUGUCGCGAGUGCGAUUGUAUCGGACCGUGUCUCCACUGUGUCGCGGGAUGAUGAGGAUCACCGGGGCGCAGCUUGUGCUGAGUCCCGGGCGGCGGAUCAACCGAGCACCGAGUCGCUGGCUGUCGGAGAAAGGAGCUUGGGGGAAAACACGUCCACUGGAACACCAGCACCUGACUGAAUUGGACAAGGCGGAUGCGCUGAUGCUGAGAAAGUCACAUGAAACAGGAUUCCUGUCAUGGUUCCGAAAUGGUUUGCUUGCUACUGGAAUCGGAGUUAUUGCCUUUGUGCAGAGUGAUGUGGGAAGAGAAGCAGCAUAUGCUUUUUUCAUCCUGGGUGGAGUGUGUGUGUCAUUUGGCGGAGCUUCAUACAUAGCCAGUUUGCUGUCUCUGAGGAGAAUCAUGCUGCUCUCUCUGCCGACCGUGCUGCUCCACACAGCCGUGGUGUCCAGUGCUGCCCUCUUCUGGCUGUGUGCUGUCUCUCUCUACAUCGGCCGCCUUGAGGUGGAAAUAAUUCACGAUGAGGAUGAAGAGGAGGAAGGUGGUGAGGAUGGAGGCGAGUGUGCAGAAUGUAAGGCUCGGCGAGACCGACACCACUCGAGCGAGAGAGGCCAGGAGAAGUAGGAUGAAGAGACUCUAGUGCUCUGGAACUCCACGCUAGGAUCAGAGUUUUUAUCCGGUCCCUAAAUAUUAAAAGACAAAACAUAACUUAAGUAGUAAUAGAGUUUAUUUUCAUGUUGGACAGAAUGGGGACAUUAUUUUUUGGUUAUACUAUAAACUGGUCUUUAGCCUUGAUCUGGUUUUACAAGCUUCAAGGUCCUGAAUCCUUUUUUUUUCUUUUCAAAAUAAAAACAUUUAUCUGUUUAUAUGUAAACAUAAGCAGAUAAAUGUAUAUGUGUGUGUGAACAAAUGUUCUAAGGUGCUUUUAUAUCUAUGUGAAGCACUUAAAAUGUAAUAGGAAAUACUCCACUUAAAGGAAUAUCCCUUCGUUUUGUUAUGCUUUCAAGGCAGUUGGAUUGUUUAAAAAAAAGACCCCCAGGCUUUCAGCAGGUUUUGGAUGAGAGAUGGGCUUCCUUAAAGUGCUCUGCAUUGGCUAUUGACAGACAAAACUUCCCUUUUCUGCCAUCUGACUCCACUGAAUCUGCUCAAACAAAGCAUAGAUUGCAAGUUACCUUUUAAGAAAAUGGUGCAGAGCAGACGUUAUCUGUUUCAGGAGUGGGUAUAUAUAAAAAAAAUAUAUAAAAAUAUAUAUACUGAAGGUGAAUUCUGAAGUAAAGCCCCAGUCUGAUCAGUCAGACUGUUGUAUAGCUGCAUGCCGUAGCGAAAUGGACAUGAGAGCAUCAUAAGACAAGUCUUAUUCUGUAAUCACAUAGCAGCUUCGCCACAAAACCAAGAAGCGCUUGCAUGUGAACAGUAAAAAGAAAGUUAGUCUAGAGCUCGGGACUGACUGGAUUAAUCAGUGAUUAUUUCCCCACUGAAGUUAUCAUGAGCAGAGAUCAGUCGAGUGAAGAGACGAUGAUGAGGCUUGUGUAUAAAAGCCGCAAUUGAAUGAUUUCUAACCUCAGGCGAUGAGACAGGGACUGAUGUGGAUGAAGCUGAUAAUCAAAGUGAGAACUCAUUUCUUGUUGAAAACAUAGAAUUCUUUACAGCAUGGAAUUAACGAUGUGUUUCCAUCAGUAGAUGAGGCGAUAAAUGUGGGUCUUUUAUUGAACAGGAAAUUGAAUCUUUACAGUUUCUCCUUAUUCAGGAAUAACAUGAUUUGGAAUCGGAUAGUUGUGUUAACAUAGUUUUGUGUAUAUAUACACACACACGAUUGAGAUUUUUAUCAUUAGUUUGUGUGUGGUUUCAAUAUUUGUACAUGCUUGUUUUCAUCUGAUAUAAAACACACAACACAGGUGGAGAGAAAUUAAACAACACUGUGCUGUUUCAAUCCAAAGCCCUAUCACAUUAACUUGAAGUGUUCAUUGUGUUGUUUAAGCAGACAUUUUCCGGUGAAGUUGACCUUGAGGUUUGACGCUCACCAGUAUGUUUUAUACACUGUUUCAAACCGUUAAUUUAAUUCCUCUGAGCUGAAUUUAUUUAAUUCAAUUAGCUCUUUAUUAAUGGAAGUGACACAGCCUGCUCUGACAAAACACAGUGGUCGAACCUUUUGUCAGUCUUUCAUGAGCGUGGGCUUUCGAAUCAGCCUUUAUAUAAUACAUUACCACAGUGUUGUACCUCUUUGGUUUAUAUUCAGUCUAGAGUAAUUAUGUACGUAGCUUUAUUACCUUCCUGCUGGAAGGGCAGUCGGGCUUUGAGGGUUUGUUUUUUUUGCCUGGUAACAUUGACUGCAGAACAGUUCAUAUGUUGUAUAUACAGUACUUAAGUUCAGAGUAUGAUUAUGUAAUGUUCUCAAUGCAUGCUGUUUAGAUCAUAUUAAAUAACAGGAAUAUUUUUCCACAGUUGA